UACAAACCAGCCCACUACCCGUUUAACACCCUCUUCUUGCUAAACCAGUAAUUAUUUAGAGGUGUACGAACAAGCUAGAUUUGGAAGCAUAAUUCAUUAAUUCAUUAUUCAUGCUGUCGCGAGACUCGAUCAUCAAUUUCUCAGAAGUUUAAUCCGGCGUCGUUUCGCCGAUAUCUCCAUGGCGAUCGAUAUCCGAACCCUAAAAGAUCGGUAUAUUGAUUUUUGCAAAGAUUGGAGUGCUGUACCAAAUAAAGCUGCAUUAUCCGCUUUCCUUAAGGCUGAGCUAAAGCAAUCAAAUAAUGAAGAAUCCACCUUUGUAAUAUAUCUCGACGAGUUAAAAAGCGUUGAUUUUCAUCCACUUUACAACGUGUUUGUCCAAUUUGACAUUUCAGAGAUAGAUUCAGUUGACAUUCUUCAAAAGUCAACAUGUUCUCUAGAAGGCGACUCUGUUUUAUUGUUAUUGCAGGCAGUCAAGCAAAAGCUACGCGUUGUCGAUCUCCAAGACAGAUCAUUUGGCAAGGAUUUCUUAUUGGGGCUUUCACUGGGAGGCUUGGCAUGCCAAAUCUUAAACUUAAAGUUUUCCCAUUUCCGGAAGGUGAAUAUGAUCGGGAAGUUCACGCAAAUGCACACUCUCAAUCUCGAUUUCAGUGCAUCACUAACCAGUUUCGGUAAAGACUGUUUUACAUGCAUGCCAAAUCUCAAGUGUUUAUCCUUAUGCGAUACAAAAAUAUCCAAUUUAUGGACUACAAGUGCAUCACUUGCAAAAAUUCCAAAUUUAACCGAACUCCGUUUUCAAAGCUGCUUAUGUUGUGACGAUACCAAAGCGUGCCCUAGAUCUUUGAGUGCAAAAUCAGAUGAAAACACUAGUUAUAAUCCAAUUCAUGAAAGUGUUACAGAAGGCAUGGAUUUAUUUUCCCACGUGGAAGAUGAACUUUUGAAUGUGUUUCCGAUCGGUAAUUAUAAUAAUCCUGCCCAUGAAAUAGUUAGUGAAUCCGAUGAGUCAACGGAUAGUGAAGUUGACUUUUCGAAUACUCAUCGUGGUGUCAGUUUGUUGGAAGAUUUCACCUAUGGAUCUAGUGUUUGGAAUGGGCUGCUUGAUCUUCCUAAUGAGGUAGCCCGUUUCAUUAUUUUAUUCUUAUACAAUGGUAAAAUUGUUUUUAUCACAUAUCAGAUUUUCCCUUGGGGAUCAGAAGAUACCGAAGAAUCAUGGUCAAGUUCAACCAUAUCAAGACCCGCUUCACAUAUAUCCCGAAUAAAACGUCUUUCUUAUCACCCUUCCCCAAUAUGCUACGAAAAACAUUAUCGAGAGUAUUUAAUAGCUUCGUUUCCGAAUCUAAAAAUCCUGGAUAAUCGGCCAAUCACAAUUGCCGACAAAGAUCGAGCUGCAAUUAUCUAUUCGGAAAAUUUCGAAUAUCUACCAUACCAAAGGACAAACAAAAAGAGCGUUCUUAACAUCCUACAAAACCGCGAGAUUAAGGGGAAUAAGAAUAAAUCACAUUUUUAUUAUUCAAGAUCACUUGGUGCUUCGAAAGUUGGGUGUACGAUAUUGCCGUCUUUGCAUCCGCUUGCAAUAACUGCCAGCUCGGUAUCAAGUAAUAGUGUUAGACGAUUUCGUCCCCGACAAUUUGAGUAUCAUCCUUCUAAUUCGAAUCUUAUGGCUGUUGGGACUUUGGAUGGUGAAGUUGUUGUCGUUAAUCACGAGAGCGAAAAAAUCGUACGGUAUAUUCCGUCACACGGUGCGAUGAACAGUGUACUCGGAUUAUGUUGGCUUAAAAAGUAUCCCACUAAGCUUAUUUCAGGUUCAGACAACGGUUUGCUAAAACUAUAUGAUAUUCAACAAAUUCCUUCUACAAACAACGGUAUUUACCCAAGUGGCGCUUCGGUUUCGUUUGACGAGUUUGACCAGUUGACUUCUGUUCAUGUCAACUCAGUGGAUGAAUUGUUUCUUGCGAGUGGAUAUUCAGAACAUGUUGCUUUAUACGACAUCGGCACUGGUAAACGCCUGCAGGUGUUCACUAACAUGCACCGGGAGCAUAUUAACGUUGUUAAAUUUGCGAAUCAUUCCCCAUCUAUGUUUGCCACAUCGUCAUUCGACCACGAUGUUAAAAUGUGGGAUUUACGACAAAAACCGAUUCACCCUUGUUACACGGUGUCUAGUGGUCGAGGAAAUGUAAUGGUUUGUUUCUCUCCGGAUGAUCAUUAUCUUCUUGCAUCGGCUGUUGACAAUGAGGUUAAACAACUGCUGGCGGUUGAUGGAAGGCUUCACCUGGACUUUGGUAUACCGCCAACUGGUAGCUCGCAAAAUUAUACGCGAUCGUAUUACAUGAAUGGGAGAGAUUAUAUUCUCAGUGGAAGCUGUGAUGAGCAUGUUGUACGGAUUUGUUCGGCUCAAACAGGAAGACGGCUUAGAGAUAUAUCAUUAGAGGGAAGAAGUUCUGGGUCCUCAAUGUUUGUGCAGUCUUUAAGGGGGGACCCUUUUAGAGAUUUCAACUUGAGUGUAUUAGCAGCCUACUUAUCUCCAAACUCAAGCCCUGAAAUUGUCAAGGUCAACAUGUUGACUUCCAAGGACGCCGAUAAAGAUUCCUUGAGUGAUGAACAUUCCCCCUCAGCACACGGCUUGAAGGGAGCGUGAAAUCAAAUCAUGUAAAUCUGUUGUAGUAUCAAAUCAUGUAUCGUAAGUAUGUGUGUCAUAUUUUGUUUGUAUAGUUGGUUAAUAAGUCGUGUGUGUAUGUAUGUUUUUAAGAAGAAAACUUGUAUUUUGCUUAGCUAGUUUUUUUUUUAUAUUUUUUUUAUUUUCUACGCUACACAUGAUUGCUUCCCUCUAUGAAAUAUGUUUGUAGAAAAGUAUGAUUCCAACUUAAAAA